AUGUCUCGUGAAUCCGCCGCUCCUGGAAGAUUUUUCGAUAUCCUCGGUGGAGGAGGAAAUGUUAUUGAAUUAGAGAUGAACAAUGGGUUGUGUCCUGAGUUUCAGACAAUUCUCACAUGGUUGGUCCUUACAGUUUCACCAGGCAGCCUAGAAAUUCUGAAUUCAGCUAACUGUGAUUACUUGUUCUUCAUUUUCAGAAGAACACCUCACAGAAUUGAUGAAUUUAACUUGUCAGAAUCCACCUGUGCAUUUCUCUUCGGAAACCUCAGCUGGUUACUGAUAAAAUUCUAUGAUAUUUCAUCUGGGAAUGAUUUCAGGCUCUUUUUUCUGACACUGGUUUUGCUCUGGAUUCUUUCUGUUAUUGGGGAAUAUUUCAGCUCUCCGAGUCUCCUAUAUUUCGUCUUUCUCUGCCUGGAAACAUUGCCAGCUAUCUGUGUGAGGUUCCAAGGAGAGGUAGAUUAUCUUGCUGGUAAAAGCACUCAAGACAUGAAGAAAUUGUUUCAGGAUUUCAAUUCCAAAGUUCUUGACAGGAUUCCAAGGGCACCCACCAAAGAAAAGAAAUAA